GUGUUAAGUAGACUCAAUAAUUAUUAAAAUAUAUAAGCAGGUAUUAGUUGUCGUGUCCAAUCACUGUUUAUACGUUUCUGCCACGUAUUAUCAUUCUUAUUCUCAUUCUCAGAUCAUAGCUAAACAUCUUAGCAAAUAAAUUAAAUAAGAAAAAGUAAAAAUGGAAAAAUUACCAUUUUUAUUGGUAAUACUCACGAUCGCGUACCACUGCCAUGCACAACAAUCUUUUUCAAUCGGAAAUAUUAUGGGAAUUGGUGACGUUAUUCGUGAUACCGCUGGUUCCAUAAAUAGCGUUUACAGGCGACUGCAAGGACCUGAUAAACAAUUAGUGGCAAUUCAAGAAAGUGGUAUUGAGGAAAUACGCGAAUCUCUAUCACGAAAUCGAGGUAUACUUGACCAUGUUUAUCAGAACACAAAAAACUUUAAUAAAAAAGUUAAUGCUACCACUGAAAGUAUUUAUGAUCUGACGCAAAACGUUCAUCACCUAACAAAAUUAAAGAAGGAAAAUGGUAUUAAAAUAAUUUAUGCGUUCGACGCAAUAAACAGAAUAUCUGAAGAGUUGACUGAAAUUCCAUUGGUAGUUAACGUUAUAAUGGACAGGUUAUUGCAAGAUUUUAUUCAGUACGUGACAAACGAAGCUGAGCUCAACUCUAGAAUGAUGGAAUUACAGACAUAUACAAGCCGUAUUGAUCGUCUGUACUCCAGAUUUUUAGACCAUAUUGAUCCAUUCAAACCUUUCAAUCGUAUUGUUACGGCAACGUUUACUAAAACUUUGCUGUCAAACGAUGCGGAUGAACUGAUCAAUACUGUUCAAAAAAUGCAUGAUUUACUAGUACCCGGUAGAGCGGGAAUAAUUUACAAAGGACUAUUUCUUUUUUUAACUCAACAUCAGAACCAAUUGCCUUUUGAAAGUAGAUGUGACCUAGAAUAUUCAUUUCAAAAUAAAUUACGCACAAUAUAUAAUUUAGUUAUUAUCACUGAAAUCCGAGCAUUUUCAAUGCUCAUGUUUGCCAUGAGGUACCGGGAAAUAUAUUUCUAUCACGCGAUUUCAUUCAAGUCGCAAAAGAUAUCUGCGGUAAAGGCGGUAAUCAGACGUUUGUCUAGUUAUUUGGAUGCUAUGAAAACGGCCAUGAGUACAUCAUCGAGGGUAAUUUUCCGAUGCGACCCAUCUAAACAAAUGAUAGAUGAAACAUCAUUCCGGUUAAACAAUUUAUUUGGAAAGUACUACGUUAAUAUCAAACAACUGUUCAAUACAUGUGAUGUUGAACCGGAAGAAAUAAGCACGGAAAAUAGUAUUGAGAAUCUGGAGAGAUUUGAUAAAGAUAGAUCGACAUUUUUUGUACAGUUUUACAGACCUAAAUAUCAAUGUAAUGGAAUACUACAUGAUUGUGUGAAGGCAGAUCAUGACUACAAGUUUUGUGAAUCGAAUGUAGGUACCAUGAGACGUUAUAAUUUUGCUAUAAAUAGUACAUCAUUUCCAACUAAACCAACUGAUUGUAACGGACGUUACAUCGAUACACUGACUCAGCCACAAUGUGCUAAUCUGAUAUGCCAAUGCUCUGAAGAAAGUGCUCAAUCCAUCGCAACACGUGCCAUCAAUCUAAUGCCUCAAAUGGCGGACAUUGAAAAUAAUAUGGUUGUUACAAAUGUUCGUUUAAUAAAAAAAUACAAUAUGGUCCAUUUGCAAAUCGAACAGGGUAGAUUAGGAAGCGAAGGUAGCAUAGACCAUGAAUCAAAAGAAGCAGUGCCAGUUGGAAAAUUCCGUUAUUUACAAAAUGUACCAGAAGGUUCAUUCGUUAAAAUAUCUGAUGACCUAGACGAUAAUAUAAUACCAUUAACAUACGACGUUGAUUACACAUAUAUUUUCCGCAACCGUGAUACAAUAAACCUGGAUGAUAUUGUGCUUGAAAAGGGUUACGUUGUUACCGGAGUUAAAUUCGGUACUGCUGAACUUAAUCCCGAAGAUAUUAAUGAAAAGAAUAAAAGUCCAAUACAAUUGGAAGUAUAUGGGACGCCAUUUGAUUAUGAUACUGGAAAAUUGAUACCAACCGAUGCCAAUCCGACGAAACUUUUCAAAGCUGUCGAUAUGUCAAAACAUCCAGAAUAUACUUACGCAAGGACACCUGUAAAUAUUGCUGAUAGUGAUGAUUCGCUAAAGAUGCCUCAGAAUACAAAAGUAUCUAAACCCAAUCAGUCAAUUAGAUUCCAAACUACCUCUUGGGAAAAAGAUUUGGGACAGACUGUUGUGCCAUAUUUUGAUACUUUACCUGCUUUAGUAACAACAACAAGAUCCGUUGCACUGGAUGGUGUCGGUAUUUUCCAUCGCGGUACACCAGGGUACGGUGGCUUUAUAGCUCCUAAAAUUUUCACUAUCGAUCAUUCCAAGUACAUUAAAUCCGCUAUAAGCGAUGAAGACAUAGAAAAAUAUUCAAAGUCUUGGAUAAUAGAUGACUCAUCAGACGAACCACCAAAAGAGUUCUUACAAUCCAUCAGACGACGCAAAAAUCAUCCGAGAUGGUAAUCACACUAAAAUUUCCGAUGCUAACAUCGUAAAUUUUUGUGGAAUUUUCUUCCCAUGUAAGCCGGAUAUAUACUAUUUUGCAGGAAUAAAUAUUUUUUCGUAAGGGAUUUGCUUAAUUAAUUAAAAUAAUUAUUUUUGAGAUGUGAUUGAUGCAUUCGAAAAUUGUAAUUAAUAAAUAAACAAACAGAUAAAUUAGUA